AUGGGUGAGACUAAUGGAGUCAAUGGACACAGCAAGAAUGGACGCUCUUUCCAGACCGUCAUGGAAGACUUGAGCAAACGGAUUCUGAACGUCAGGCGCCCAGCAGACUUCGUUGCAGUCCUGAUCUACGGCGUGCCCAUCUACUCGACCAUUCGAAUUGGCAUUGAAGCCGGCAUCUUCGACCUGCUUGCCAAAGCAGGAAGCUCACUGACUGCAGAGCAUAUUGCUGAAACCAUUGGUGAAGCAGUAGGAGAUCCAGACCCGAAGGACAUAGAACGACGAGACUUUGUCGUCCGCAAUCUUCGAGUGCUUGCUGCACUCGGGCUCGUUGAUGAAACGUCUCCUUUCACAUACCAUGUCAAUGAGUUGACUCUGGCACUCGCAGAUCCUGGACUCAAUGCUGGCAUCAGUCAGGUGUAUCACGGUGUGAUGGGACCGAGAAGCACAAUGGCUCAGAUGAUCACCUACGCAAAAGAAAGAGGAUGGAAGGCUCCUGACACGGCUCUCGAUGGUCCUUAUCAGAGGGCCCACGAGAUCAAGGGCAUGAGCACUUUUGAGCACUGGGUGAAGUGCGAUCCCGAACAAAUGUCCCGUCUCAACGCUUCAAUGCAAGGCAUGCAAGCCAACUUCACCCACUGGAUGGAGUGGUUUCCCAAAGAAGCACUCUUCGGGUCUGGUGAGCGCACGCCGGAAACAUUCCUCGUUGAUGUGGGAGGAGGAUACGGACACGACAUUUCUGCGUUAGCAGCCACAUACCCCGAUGAGCCAAUUCGAAUGGUCCUGCAAGAUCUCCCUGGAGUGCUUGAAGAAGGCGAGGAGAGACGAAAACAAGCAGGUCAAGUGCUUGAUUCCAGGAUACAGCGUCAGCCACAUGACUUCUUCUCCGAACAACCGGUCAAGGGCGCAGAGGUGUACUACAUGCAUAAGAUUCUGCACGAUUGGCCUGAUAAGGACUGUAUUAUCAUCUUGGAGAGGAUAAGGGAUGCGUUGGCACCGGGAUCAAGGAUAUUGGUCAACGAUUGCAUUCUUCUGAAUCAGGGGUGCCCACUGAGGUAG